GGAAAAAGUAGUGAAGUUGAAAAAUUGAAUAAUUAAAAGUCAGAGAGAGGUAUGGGGUAUAGAUGCUACUACAGCUACUCAUGACCCUCUCUUCCUUCCUUUUCAAGGAUACUUUACUGUGACAAACGAAACAAAGAAAGAGUAAAGAAAGGGUAUGUGUUAGUGACUUAGUUCCGAUAUCCAUUGAUGAGAACUAACACAGUGCGUGCCAGAUUCCCUUCAUCUAUCUAUCUCAGUGAUGAGAGUAUAUAUCCUUGGGAUUUUCAAUCACCUUAAUUAUUCCUUUUAAAACCACCCAUUAUUGUCAUUAAUAUGGAAUCUCCAAAUCUCCAUCAACAUCCUUCUUCAUCUUCCUCAUCAUCAUCAUAUGGAUCCACCACCCACCAUUCUUGGACUCCAAAUAUCACUUUCCACAUCCAAGAAGAUAACAAUAAUAAUAUUAAUAUUGGGGUCCCUCUCAUCCAAGAUCAUCACCAUCACUUAUGGACGACAACUACAACAACUACUAGUAGUGGUGAUGAUAAUACUGCACAACCAAGCUGCUUAAGCUUAAACACCACCAACCACAUCACUAUUAAUCAUAAUAUGCUAAACUCUCAUCAUACACCUCCUCCUCCUUCUUCAACCGUCGAAUUCUCAACACACGAUGAUGACAAGCUCUUGCUCAAGACGUUUUUCUCUGCGCAAGAUUUCUACUCCAAUACCGAUACUACUACUACUACUACUUUCUGUGGAGUACCUUCUAGUAGUAGACGAAACUUUAGUCACAUUUAUCCCACCAUAAAUAUCUCUAAUAAUAUCAACAACCACUCAUCACCAUCACCAUCAUCUUCUAGUAAUAAUAUGACCUCGCACUCCUUCGAUCUACCAGCUUUCAUGACAACUACCACUCAUGGCGGCGGUGCUGCUGCACAUCAACAAGUAGAUCUUGGUCUUGCUACAUUUUCCGACAACCAUCUUUCUUUUCAUCUUGAUCAUCAUCAUAGCCAGCACCACCGCCCUACUCACGCCUCCUCGCCGCCCUGCAGUAACUCUACUACUUCCACUACUGCUAAUAAUAACAGUCAUCCAUCACAAUACUUCUCCAAUGGCACUGUGGACACAAAGAGACCCUGCACUUCGAUAAUGGACACAAAGGCUUCUCAAUCUCUAACAGCAUCCAAGAAAUCACGAUCCGAAUCGCGCCCUUCAUGCCCUCCCUUUAAGGUUAGGAAAGAGAAAUUAGGAGAUAGGAUUGCGGCUCUUCAACAGUUGGUGGCUCCUUUUGGUAAGACCGACACAGCAUCCGUACUUAUGGAAGCAAUCGGAUACAUAAAAUUCCUUCAAAGCCAAGUAGAGACACUGAGCGUUCCAUACAUGAAGCCAACACAGAACCAAACCAACUCCAGAAUGAUGCAAGGGGUUUCAACCAUAGGCGGCGGAAAUGGGGAACCAAAGCAAGACCUUCGAAGUCGAGGCCUUUGUCUGGUGCCAUUAUCAUGCAUGUCUUACAUAGCAGGUGAUGCCAGCAAUGACGCGUGGCAACAAUCAAACUUUGGAGGAGCAACUUAGUAGUAGCUACUACGUUUUUCUUUUAAUUAAAAUCAAAUAAUAAUCAUAAUUAUCAGUAUUAUUCUGAUUUCAGAUAUAUUCUAAGCAAAAGCAAGUCUAAUUCAUCCGUUUUUUUAAUGGGGCAAACUUGGUCUUCUCUCACAAGGAGGCUAAUAUGGUUGGCCAAGUUUGCUCCAUUAAAACAUCAUGUACCAUUAAUUUUAUACGAUUCCAUGCAUUUUGCCAGUUUUUUUCUUUUUGUUU